AUGGAAGUAGACUACCAACAGUUAUACAAUCUGAAGAUCGAAGAGUGCAAAGCAAAGCACUGCCCUCGUGAUAUUUUAAAAAAGAAAGAGAAGGAGAUGAAUGAACGUGUUGAAAAAUUAAAUUCGAAGUUGGAUGGGAUUAUAGAAAUAGUUUUGAAGCAGCAAGGUGGAGAAAUAAGUAAAGAAGAUGUUUUAACCAUUUCAAAGAAUGUGCAAGACAUUAAGGAGGUCACACACACUAAUUUUCAAAAGCAGCUUGAUGAAGUAGUCAAGAAGAAAGAUGAUGAAAUCAAACAAAUGAGACAACAACUUGUUGACGAGAAGUCGAAGGCUUUAGUGGAUAAGAAGAACACGUAUGAUUUACUCACAAAAUUUAAGAAACAAUAUGGUGAACAGACUCAGAUCAUUCAUGGCUAUAAAAGUGAUUUAAAACGUAUUCUUGAACAAGCUAAACAUGCACCCGUUCAAGUGAUUAAAGUGCCAGAAGACUCUGCUAACCUUUCAAUCCUCACUGAACAACUUUCAAUAGCCCAAAACAAAGUUGAAGUCUUAUUUAAAGAGAAUGAGAGGUUAAAGCAACAAAUCAACAAGAAGCCGAUUGACAUUAUUCCAUACCCAGAAGACACUUCAAGUGAGACAACAAACAUCCAGGAGCACAUGAAAGUUCUUCAGAACAAAGUCAAUUUGCUUCAAACUGAAAACGACGAAUUGCGAAAACAAAAAUUGGAUCUUCUAUCAAAUGCGAAGGAGUAUGAGAUCAAACUAGCAAAUUUCCAAACUCACAAACAUGACAAAGACCUUUCAGUACCAUCUCUUCAAAAGGAAUUGGAUGCUUUAAAAUUACGCCUCUCUGAGAAGGAAGAAUUGUUCAAAAAACUUGAGACAAACUAUAAAGAAGCCCUCUCUAAAAAGCAGGAGAAGAUAUCUUCAUUGAGGAAAAAGCGUACUGUUCUUGCGGAGUCUGAAGAGGUUCUCAAGAGUGAAAUUAGAACGUUGAAAGACAAAGUUGUAUCUCUUCAAAGUAGUCUUGAAAAGGCGGAGAAAGAGUCUGAGCGACGUAGAAUACGAAAUGAAGAACUUAAAGACCGACUCCGCUCUGUUGAGUCUGGUAUUCAAAUGCCAAUGAGUUAA